CCCAGCCUGCCGGCCACUGCCCACCUCGAACGUAGGGUGCGCCGUGACGUCAGCGCGCUUCCGGGGGCGGGCCCUACUUGCCGCCCGGAUGUGACGUCGGUGCGCUUCCGGCGGCGGCAGGCGGCGCGGGACUGGGUGGUCGCCUCGGGGUCUGGCUUGGUUUCCCCUCUGGAAGGCGCACCGCGAUGCUGGUGACGGGGAGCCGCAGCCAUGAGUGAGUUUCGGAUUCACCACGACGUCAACGAGCUGCUCAGCCUGCUGCGUGUGCACGGGGGCGACGGGGCUGAGGUCUACAUCGACCUGCUGCAGAAGAACCGGACGCCCUACGUCUCCACCACCGUCUCCGCCCACAGCGCCAAGGUUAAAAUUGCUGAGUUUUCCCGCACUCCAGAAGACUUUCUAAAGAAAUACGAUGAACUGAAAUCCAAAAACACGAGGAACCUUGACCCCCUGGUGUACCUGUUGUCAAAGCUUACAGAAGACAGAGAGACCCUGCAGUAUCUGCAUCAGAAUGCGAAGGACAGAGGCGAGCUCGCGGCCAGCGCUGCCGCCAGCAGUGCUGCCGGCUUCAGCGUCUCCGCCACGGCCUCCAAGAUGUCCAUGCAGGAGCUGGAAGAGCUCAGAAAGCAGCUGGGCAGCGUGACCACGGGCUCCACGCUGCAGCAGUCUUUAGAACUCACAAGAAAGAUGCUUCGAGACAAGCAGAACAAGAAGAAUUUGGGCCAGCCCUUGCCUGUCUUUCCAGCGUGGGUGUAUGAGAGGCCAGCACUGGCCGGCGACUUUCUGAUUGCCUCUGGGCUGAGCACUGACGUGGCUUUGCCUAUAGGUGCGCUGCCCUUGGCUUCCCAGGAGUCCGCUGUGGUGGAGGACUUGCUGUACGUGCUGGUGGGUGUGGAUGGCAAGUAUAUCACUGCCCAGCCCCUGGCCGGGAGGCAGAGCCGCACCUUCCUCGUGGACCCCAACCUGGACCUGUCCAUCCGGGAGCUGGUAAACAGAAUUCUCCCCGUGGCUGCCAGCUAUUCCACCGUGACCAGGUUCAUUGAGGAGAAGUCGUCCUUCGAGUACGGGCAGGUGAACCACGCCCUGGCGGCCGCCAUGCGCACCCUCGUGAAGGAGUACCUGAUCCUGGUCACACAGCUGGAGCAGCUGCACAGGCAGGGUCUCCUGUCCCUGCAGAAGCUCUGGUUCUACGUGCAGCCGGCCAUGCGCACCGUGGACAUCCUGGCCUCCCUCGCCACCUCUGUGGAUAAGGGUGAGUGCCUCGGGGGAGCAACGUUGAGCCUGCUCCACGACAGGAGCUUCAACUACACAGGCGACAGCCAGGCUCAGGAGCUGUGCCUGUACCUGACCAAGGCGGCCAGCGCACCCUACUUUGAGGUUCUGGAGAGGUGGAUCUAUCGGGGGAUCAUCCAUGACCCCUACAGCGAGUUCAUGGUUGAGGAGCAUGAGCUGCGCAAGGAGAAGAUCCAGGAGGACUACAACGACAGGUACUGGGACCAGCGGUACACCAUCGUGCCGCAGCAGAUCCCGUCCUUCCUGCAGAAGAUGGCCGACAAGAUCCUGAGCACAGGAAAGUACCUGAAUGUGGUCCGAGAGUGUGGCCACGACGUCACCUGCCCGGUGGCGAAGGAGAUCAUCUACACGCUGAAGGAGCGGGCGUACGUGGAGCAGAUCGAGAAGGCCUUCAACUACGCCAGCAGGGUGCUGCUGGACUUCCUGAUGGACGAGCAGGAGCUGCUGGCGCACUUGAGGUCCAUCAAGCGCUACUUCCUGAUGGACCAGGGGGACUUCUUCGUGCACUUCAUGGACCUCACCGAGGAGGAGCUCAGGAAGCCGGUGGAGGACAUCGUGCCCACGCGGCUGGAGGCGCUGCUGGAGCUGGCCCUGCGCAUGAGCACCGCCAACACCGACCCCUUCAAAGACGACCUCAAGAUUGACCUGAUGCCUCACGACCUCGUCACCCAGCUGCUGCGGGUCCUGGCCAUCGAGACCAGGCAGGAGAAGGCGAUGGCCCAGGCGGACCCCACAGAGCUCACGCUCAGCGGCCUGGAGGCCUUCUCCUUCGACUACAUCGUCAAGUGGCCCCUGUCGCUCAUCAUCAGCAGGAAGGCCCUCACGCGCUACCAAAUGCUCUUCCGGCACAUGUUCUACUGCAAGCACGUGGAGCGGCAGCUCUGCAACGUCUGGAUCAGCAACAAGACUGCCAAGCAGCACACGCUGACCUCGGCCAAGUGGUUUGCCAGCGCCUUCACCCUGCGGCAGCGCAUGCUGAACUUUGUGCAGAACAUCCAGUACUACAUGAUGUUCGAGGUCAUGGAGCCCACCUGGCACGUCCUGGAGCGGAACCUCAAGUCUGCCUGCAACAUCGACGACGUCCUGGGCCACCACACGAGCUUCCUGGACAACUGCCUGAAGGACUGCAUGCUGACCAACCCCGAGCUGCUGAAGGUCUUCUCCAAGCUCAUGUCCGUGUGCGUCAUGUUCACCAACUGCAUGCAGAAGUUCGCACAGAGCAUGAAACUGGACGGCGAGCUGGGCCGGCUGACGCUGGAGCACGGCACCAUGCUGGGGCCACCCACGGAGGCGGAGCGGGCCGAGGAGCGCACCAAGAAGGAGUCCGCCAGGAAGCACCUGACCGAGCACAUGGAUACCUCUCAGCUGGCUUUUGGCUUCGAGGCCACCAUCAGCAACUUCGACAAGAACUUCUCUGCCCAUCUGCUUGACCUUCUGGCCCGGCUGAGUGUCUACAGCACCAGUGACUGUGAGCACGGCAUGGCCAGCGUCAUCUCCAGGCUGGACUUCAACGGCUUCUACGCGGAGCGCCUGGAGCGCCUGUCUGCAGAGAGGAGCCAGAGGGCCGCCCCCCAUGUGCCUGGCCCCCGGGGACCCCCGGCAGCAGUGCCCAGGGUGGCGGUCACUGCACAGUGAGCCCUGGCCGCAGGCUGGAAGGCUGUGGUGCUGCGUGCCGCUGGCUGCCGUGGAGGCGUCCGAGUUGCUGUCAGUGUUUGCUGCUCUCCUGGGUUUCCCGGGCGUUGGGCCUCACAUACAGGCCGAGCAGAAACACCUGGUUCUGAGCCGUCCUUGAUUCCUGCGACACUGGGCUCAGCCGCUAGGGGGCAGCCUUGUCCCUGUGAUGAGGGCAGCUUCCUGGCCUCCCGUAGGUGGAUUGCUCACCCCCUGGCUCCCCCCACCCCACACUUCUGCCCUGUCUGUUCCCCAAUUCUGGCGUGGACGGCACAGCCAGCCCUGGCCACGCUGCCCCUGCCUACUGAAUUUCACGUGUGCCUCUUUGAAAACCCAGCCCUGAACACCCACCCGGGGGGGUUCCUUAGGCAGGGAGCUGGGCUGGGAGGUCAGGAGGAAGUGGAUCUGAACCCAAGGCGGUGGGGCUGGGUGGCUUGCCCUGUGCCGUGUAUAGGCUGAUCUGGAGUAAACAUGUUGCCACA